CCCUCUUUGAUGGAUGAAGGAGAAGAAACUAGAGUUUUGGUGACGGCUCACUAGAGACAAGAGAGAAGGGGAAGAGAGAGAUUUUAACUUUAAAAUCUAUUAAGCCGAAACCAUUAAUUUUGGACAUCUCUCUUCCCUCCUUGUCUCCUCCACUUUCAAAUCAAAACACAACUCGACCGUUGCAGUCUCACUCUCCACUUCUAAGUCAAAGCUACCACUCUCUUAUUCUUAUCAAUGCCUCCUCUACAGAAACGAAAUCGAUCUGAAAUCGACAAUCUUCAAUCUGCAAUCACAAUCAAUGGUCAUCAAAACAAAAUGAUGUCUGAAUACGAACUCUCAAGAGAAGAACGAAUCCGUGAAAAUCGUGAAAGAAUGGGAAAAUUGGGUAUUCUCGACAUUUCACUUUCCCUCAAGCUCAAACCUAACCCCCCACCUUCACGCAGAACCCCUUCUAACAACCCUAAAUCCCCAAUUUCUCUUAACCCUUCUGGCCCAUCUCGCCGAUCUUCCAGGUUACAGAAUGUUGCUCCGAUUAGUUACUCUGAAGUGCCAGUGAAGGGAGAAAAGCUUGAGAAAAGUAAUAGGAUUGUGUUAAGAGAAGGUUCUCAACCUGAGAUUUACACUGAAGAACAUGAGAAGCUUUUGGGAAACACUGAGAAAACUUGGGAGCUUUUUGUGGAUGGUGUUGGGAAAGAUGGGAAACGGAUUUAUGAUUCUGUUCAAGGAAAAACUUGCCAUCAGUGCAGGCAAAAAACGCUUGGUUAUCGGACACGCUGUUGCGAAUGCAACAUUGUCCAGGGGCAGUUUUGUGGAGAUUGCUUGUACAUGAGAUACGGGGAGCAUGUACUAGAAGCCUUGGCGGAUCCAACUUGGAAAUGCCCACCUUGUCGUGGAAUUUGCAACUGUAGCAUAUGCCGUAAUGCUAAAGGAUGGGAACCUACUGGGAAUCUGUAUAGAAAGGUAUUGCAGUUGGGAUACAAAUCAGUUGCACACUACCUCAUCCAAACUCGGUGCUCAGAUACAGUUGAGAAAACUGAUGAUACUUGCAACCUAGUUUCAGACACAGAUGUUGAGAAAAUUGAUGAUGCUUCCAACCUAGUUUCAGAUACAGAUGUUGAGAAAAUUGAUGAUGCUUCCAACCUAGUUUCAGAUACGGAUGUUGAGAAAAUUGACGAUGCUUCCAACCCAGUUUUAGAUACAGAUGUUGAGAAAAAUGGUGAUGCUUCCAACCCAGUUUCUGUUAAAAGGUCGUUACCUUUCUCUGAUGAGGUCAAUGAGAAUAAGCUUGGACCAAUGCAGUCUCUAGCUGAAGCUGAAGCUGACGGGGACAAGGUUCUCGCAAAGAGAUCGUUGAUUUUCCCUGAUGAGCAAGAUAAGGUUGAAAAAAGUGAAGGUUCGAAUACUGUGAAGCUACUUGCUUCUUCUACCAAACCAACACCAGACAGUAUAGCUGGAAGACUUAGGUCUAGGGUCAAAAAACCAUGAAGAUGAUAGUUUCUUUAAUUUAACCCUGGGUAUGUUUAGAGAACAUUGUGUUUUGAAAUUAUCAAACUUGAUAAUUUUUGGAAGAAAACCUCUUUUGCCAUAGUAAUAGUAGUAUCAACAUGUGAAACACUCAAGUACAACUGUUGAUUUUAAUUAAAGAGUAGUAUUAUGUGCAUUUCUCUUCAAAAAUAUUAGUACAUCAAA